AUGUCCUCCUCCUCUCAUCGUCCUUUGAAGAAGAAGCGGAUGCUAUUGGACAAUUUGAAUUUGGAUGCGGCGAAAUACAAGACGGAUUUGGAGUACGAGCGGUCGCUGCGAAUGCGAGAUCAUCGGACGGCUCAAGCCGAACAAGAUCGCUUACAAAAGUUAUUGGAUUUUGCACAGAGUGAAACCACCAAAUACCAGACUCUACUACAAGAAGAACGCCAGGAAUUCGAUGCCACGUUGGACAGUCUCAAGGAAUCACGAGACGAUGCCAUGGCCGAAUUGCGGCGGUUGCAACAGGAGCAAGAGUAUGAUGAUACUACUACUAAUGACGGAAGUAGUGAACUGUGGCAACGCAAGUGUCGCUUACUGGAAGAUCAAUUGUCUGCCAAAGACCGACAAGUGGAACAACUCCAAACGGAUUUGGAGACUGUCAGGAGUGACUGGAAGAGUAGUCUACAGCAACCAUCAGAAGAUGACGACGGCACCACCACACCCACCAAGCAAGCCACCACACCCGCAUCGACACUGUCUCCGGCUCCCUCUGAACUACUGCGUGAACUCAAUCGCAUUCGCAUUGAAUUGGCAGAAUCGGAACGCUCCACGCGCCAAUGGCAACGCAGUGCCCAACGAUUCGAAGAGACGGCCGCCAAAUUGGUUCCGGCGCAAGAGACUUCGCGACACGCGCAACUUCGUGUCGCGCAAUUGGAACAGCAAUUGAAAACCAUCGAAAAGUCGUAUGCCACAGAAGUAGCCGAACAUGACGAAUGGAAACAAUUUGGAACGUCUCUUCAGGCGAUAUUGUUGAAUGAUGAAAAUGAUAGUAGUACUGAAGAAGUAGUGGAUAGCAACAAUAGCAAUAACCCACAUGCCAUGCUCCGUCAAGUCGCCACCAUGAAACAGCAAUUGACUCAAUCACGUGACACUAUCAAACAAAUGGAAGAACGAAUCCAACAAUUCCAGAAUUGGAAACGACCCGCCCAAAUUCGCAUGGAACAGUACGAUGCCAAGGAAGCGGCCAUGGUCCAACAAAAGAAAGAAUGGCAACACCAAGUUCAAUUGCUCCACACUCAAAUUUCAACAUUGCAAGCCCAAGAGGCCAUUUGGAAACGAGAAAUCAAAUCCCUACAAGAACUCAAUGCCAGUUUUGAUUCAUUGCCACAACAACAAAACGCCAAUAGUAAAACGGCCCCGCUCGAAAUGGCGUCAUUGUCUUCCAAACUACAGGCCGCCCAAUUGGAAUUACAGGCCCGCCAAGACGAAUGUCACACCAUUCAGACCGAUCGCGAUCGAUUGCAACUGGCAUUGGACGAACGUGCCCAAGAAACGCAAGACGUCGCCUCCGAACUAGGUCGUGUCAAGGAAAAAUACGGCAAGCUGCGAGAAGCGUUAGAGUUGGCCAAACAGGCCGCACAACAAGCCGAUCAACGAGCCGUUCGUGCCGAAGAAUUGGCCGGAAAGGGAGCCUUUCAUCCCGACCAUACGCGUGUCUUGCAUCUCACACAAAAUCCACGCACUGCCACACUGCAAAAACAAAAUGCCGCACUCAAACAGCAAUUGGCGCAGGCAUUGAACAAAGACAGUAACAAUGUGCCAAGCACAAGCACCACCACUUCUAACAUUGACCCCGACAAACUCCAUCAACGACUCAAACAGCAAUUUCGAGAUCAAAUUGCACUCUUUCGAGAAGGCGUCCAUCUCAUUACCGGCUACAAGAUUGAUAUGAUUCCCGAUACGCAAAAACAUACCUUUCGCAUUCGAUCCAUGUUUGCGGCACACAAGACGGACGAAUUGCUUUUUGACUGGCCCAAACAACAAGACGAUACUACUCACAACAAGACGGCACCAGUACCGGCACUCCAUCUCAUGGCCAAUGAUUAUGCCAAACAAUUGGCGCGAGAACCGUCGUACGAGUACAUUGCCAAGUACGGGUCCAUGCCGGCGUUUGUCGCCAGUGUCCAAUUGAGUGAAUUUGAAAAACAAACCUUGAUGGGGUAG